AUGGAUACUCCCAGUGUCAUCCACCAUCCUCACGGCCGGUGGAGCAGCCCGAGCUCUGACUCUGAGCUCUACAGCAUCUCCUCCCCUGACACUGUCUCUCCAGCACCUUCCAUGGACCUCAACUGCUCUCCGUCUUACCAACCCAAGCUCACCAAGCUUCACAAAGCCACCUCCAGACUGACCAAAGCGCCCGGUUCUCCGUCAGGCCUUGCGGCCAGGAGGACACGGAGAUCCAGGCUGAAGAACCCGAGCGAGCAGCGUCAGAACGCCAGCGAGAAAGAGAAGCUUAGAAUGAGGGACCUAACCAAAGCUCUCCAUCAUCUCAGGACCUACCUGCCUCCAUCAGUGGCUCCUGUCGGACAGACUCUGACCAAGAUCGAGACUCUGCGCCUCACCAUUCGCUACAUCUCGUACCUUUCAGCUCAGCUCGGGCUCAGUGAAGAAUAUCUGUCUCAGAGAAAGCAGAUGAGCACCGGGGAUGGAUGGAGAACCUCUCCAGAAAUUCUGGGCUACUUUCAGUGCAGAUCUACGAGCGCAGAAUGGGCAGAGGGCCACGGAUAUGGUGAUUAUACAGAACAGCAUCAGACUGAGAGCAGUUUGGAGUACUCAGAGCAAGGAGUGGACAUGAGUCAGUACAGCACACAGCUCUCAGAGCCAGGGACGGAUCAGAUCUACAGCCCAGAGACAAACACUUUUCAGCAACAGCAGUGUGCUCAGUUCACACAGUCCUGUCAGGUUUACGGCUAUCAGCUCGUACCUCCAGCCUUUUGGAGCUGA